CUACUUUCUUACAACUUCAUCGACAUACUUUCUGAUCAAGAGACAUAAGAGAAGAACGAUAAAUCAACAUGUCAGCUGGAUCAAGUGAGCGUCAGACCAUCAACCUCCCUGGGACAAAAGAUCAGCCAAAAACAGAACCAGAUUAUUUCCUCGAUGUUCGCAGCGCAGCAGCUUUAUGUGACCUCCAGGACGGUGACCUGUUGCAGAUGGUAGUCUAUCACGAAGAAGAUAGCAUCGAGUUCUCCGGCCUAAACAGAAUGGUGGCGCCUGAAGAUCUUGCCGAGUACUUUGACGCUCCUGGAAUAAGGAAGUUUGCCUUCUAUCGCCAUCCUGGAUCACGUGCUGUCAUCUUGAUCUGGACACGUUUACCUGCUACGGCUUCUACCAAGAACGCACGCGUCCAGCACCGGCUGAGGAGGGAUUUGACUUGGUAUGCUGAGAAAGAGGGUAUUAGGAAUGUGGCUACGCUUGAAGUGCAGACACGGAAGGAUGUCACCGUGGAGCGCUUGGAGGAGGCAAUUGCCUCGUUAACGAUGAGCAAAGAAUGAAGGAAUAUGCUCAACUACAUAGACAGUCUUUAUUGUAGCACUCUCAUCAGUCAUUGUUCUUCAAUAAAUACUGAUUGUCGUUUUAGAUGGAUACCUUGAGUAACGGGCCAUCCUUCAGCGCCAGGAUCACCCUCUAAACAUGUGCAGAAUCGCAUGUGCAUCAAACUUGACGAAAGAGCAUGUUACAAGCGUUUCUCUUUCGAGAAGAUAUGUCAAAGCAGGCCAUAGUAUAACGAUCGCCAAUAUGAGGAUACAUAAAAAGUUUAAA